AUGGCUCCAGCAGCGACCGGAGGCAAGAAGCAAAAGAAGAAGUGGUCGAAGGGCAAGGUUAAGGACAAGGCCAACCACGCCGUCGUCCUGGACAAGACCACGUCCGACAAAUUGCAGAAGGAUGUGCAGUCGUACCGCCUCAUCACAGUCGCUGUGCUCGUCGACAGACUAAAGAUCAAUGGCUCCCUUGCACGCGCGGCUCUCAAGGACCUUGAGGAGAAGGGCCAGAUUAAGAAGGUUGUUUCUCACAGCAAGAUGCAGGUCUACACGCGCGCGGUGGGCGGUGCUGAUUAA